UCUGAGUCUCGCUUAUUGUCUGCGCGAGUCGGUUCGGCCUUAUCAUCGGCUAGGUGUAUCAAGUAAAGAUUAGAGGAUUUUGAUUUUGUGCAUAUCUGACUAGGAGGUCGAUCUUUAGACCGCUUGGUCAGUUGUAAAGGCAGUAGAAAUUUCAUCCAGCCGGGUUUCUGGUGUUAUUCCUUUGUAAAUACUGUUAUUUGUAUAUACUGUAAAUGAUGACUUCGGUGGGUGGAAGCCGAGCCCGGAGCAACUGGGAGCAGACACAAGGCCAGACACAGAGCCAAUCACAGCACAAGCAGAGGCCCCAGGCCACUGCUGAGCAGAUCCGACUCGCGCAGAUGAUCUCGCACCACAAUGAUGCUGAUUUUGAGGAAAAGGUCAAACAGCUGAUUGACAUCACAGGCAAGGACCAGGAUGAAUCCAUGAUUGCACUGCACGACUGCAAUGGAGACGUCAACAGAGCUAUCAACGUACUGCUUGAGGGCAAUCCUGACACGGACUCUUGGGAGAUGGUAGGCAAGAAGAAGAGCGUGUCGGGCCAGAAGGAGAGCAGUCAGACGGAGGCUGGAGAGGAAGGGAAAGAGAACCGCGACAGAGGAGGAGAGAGGGAUGUGGCCCGCCGCCGCGGUGGAGCCCCACGCAGGGGCCGAGGGGCGAGCCGGGGCAGAGAGUUUCGCGGGCAGGAGAACGGCCUGGAUGGGACCAAAACAGGUGGAAUAGCAGGCCGUGGUACAGAGCGAGGCAGGAGGGGCAGAGGAAGAGGAAGAGGUGGGUCAGCCACACCCUCCGUCCAACUCAUCGGAACUGGGAGGCGAGGCGGGCGGUUUUCUGCGCAGGGCAUGGGCCAGAUUGAUCAGGGCCCCAGCUAUGAUUUGUCAGGAGACGAGAGGACUUUUAACCCAGCGGACUACGCCGAGCCCAACCAAAACACGGAGGACGGCUACGCCGGGGGAAGCACCUGGUGCAACACCGGCAGCACAGAACAGGAAGAUGGGUCCAGACUGGAGCUCACGGCCAAGUUCGACUCCGCUCCAGGAGCUUGGAGGACUGCUACAGAGGAAUGGGGAACAGAGGACUGGAAUGAAGACCUUUCAGAGACCAAGAUAUUCACUGCCUCUAGUGUGGCCUCCAUGCCUCUCCCUCAAGAGAACGUAACCAUCACUGCUGGACAGAGGAUUGACCUGGCCGUACUGCUGGGUAAGACCCCGCCCGCCUCCUCCACCGAGCCUGACCCCUCCUCCAUGGAGGCCCAGCAGCCGCCCUCGCUCUCCGGGUCCCUGGUCUUCAGCAACUCCAAGCAGGCCAGCCCCCUCUCCCAACCCCCUGCCACCUCCAGCUACAACCAGCACAGCAUGGUCAGCAUGCUGACCAAAGGCUUCGGGGAGGUGGGCGAGCCCAAGGCUAGCAGCGUGGGCCCAACCAGCGGGUCCCAGUUCCUGGAGCAGUUCAAGACGGCCCAGGCGCUGGCCCAGCUGGCUGCCCAGCACUCGCAGACGGCGCCCCCCAGCACAGGGCCCUCCUCCUGGGACACAGGCUCCAGCUCUCUGGGCCAGUAUGAUCUGAAGGCGGGACCCGAUGCGUCAGUGCACAGCCCCUUCACCAAGCGCCAGCCCUACCCCUCUUCAGGCUCUGCCUCUAUGAUGGACGCCUUCAUGCAAGACAAAGCCGCGCCCCCCCUCACCCCUGCCGCCUCUCCGCUGCCCAAACCAGGCGCCCCCGGGCAACAGGUGUCCCCUGGCUCCGCCGAUCCCCACGGGUCCAGCUCCCUUCCUCUGCAGCAACAACAGAAGCUGAAGCAGCAGAAGAAGAGGGCCUCAAUCUCCACUAAGAUUCCAUCUAUGGCAGUGGAGAUGCCGGGCUCGUCUGAUAUUUCGGGACUCAACCUGCAGUUUGGAGCGCUGCAGUUUGGAUCAGAACCAGUACUUCCAGAGUACGAGUCCGCACCGAACGCUCCCAGCGUAACGCCUGGCAACCAGGGUCAGAACAGCCUUUACACAAGUGGCAGCAGUGAGCCUACCCCUGCCCUGUCUAAUCCCAGCCAGAUGGAUCUCUACGAGCAGAGAACCAAUCAGACGCGACGCUACCCGCCCUCUGCCUCCUCGUCCCCCCAAAAGGACAUGCAGCCGAAGAAUGGGUUUAGCUCCCUCCAGACCACGCAAUCCUUAGAAGCUGCAGCAGGCUCUGCAGUGUCAGUGAAGACCCCCUCAGACGCCACCGCCCCUUCCGUCUCCAGCAUGUGCUCAUUGGCUGAUGGUACGACGGGUCCCACCUCUUUGUUGACCACAGCUAAUCAGACGUCACCCAACGCACUGGGCCACAAUGAAGACCCUUCCUCUCAUUCUAUGGCCCCGCCCCAACACAACAAUUCACACCCUCCCCAUCAGAACUCUAUGGCCCCCCCCUCUUCGGUUCGCAGCGGUAACUCUCAUUUAAUGCAUGGUGGGGUAGAUGGCGACUCCAGCCUGCACUCUUCCUCCUUCCCCCAUGUCUCAACCCCCUCAUCCGUUCCUUCCUCUUCGUCAUCUUCGGGCGUGGCAAUGGUCUCCAUGAGCCCCGUGGCCCAGCACCCCUCUUCCUCGGUGGGCUCGGGCCCCGGAAUAUCCUCUGGCCUGGGCCCCGUCAGCAUGGCCAUGGGCCUGACCACCGCGGCCGGCGGCAUGACCGCUACCUCCAUCAUGCACCAGCAGAUCGCAGCGGCGACCGCCUCCUCCGUGGCCUCGUCCAUGGCGGCUGCCUCUGCCUCCUCGUCCUCGUCACGCAGCACGGUUGCCUCAGGGAAAGCGCCUCCAAACCUGCCCCCUGGAGUGCCCCCCCUGCUGCCCAACCCCUACAUCAUGGCCCCCGGCCUGCUCCACGCAUACCCGCCGCAGGUGUAUGGCUACGAAGACCUGCAGAUGCUCCAGACAAGGAUACCACUGGACUACUACAGCAUUGCUCCGUUUGCUACCCCGACCACAGCACUGACUGGCAGAGACGGCGGCCUGACCAACAACCCUUAUUCAGCAGGCGACCUGUCGAAGUUUGGCCGUGGCGAUGCCUCGUCUCCUGCGCCUGCCACCACGCUGUCGCAGCCGCAGCAGAACCAGACGCAGGCGCACCACACCGCCCAGCAACCCUUCCUCAACCCCGCCCUGCCGCCCGGCUACAGCUACACUAGCCUUCCCUACUACCCCGGUGUCCCCGGCCUGGCCAACACCUUCCAGUACGGCCCUGCCAUGUUCCCGGUGGCGCCUACCUCGUCAAAGCAGCACGGUGUGGGAGUCAACGCCUCGGCCACACCCUUCCAGCAGGCCAGCAGCUAUGGCUCCCAUGGAUACGGGACGGGCUAUGAGGAUAUGGGCCAGGCUUCGGCAGGGAGUGGGGAUUUCUGUAAAGGCGGCUACGCCACGUCUGUGGCUGCCGCUGCUGCUGCUGCUGCUGCCGCCGCUUCAGCUGCACAAAACAAGCCAGCCAGCUCGGUCACCGGCCCAGGAGUCGGAGUGUCCGUGACCUCCAGUAACACUGGGGUUCCCGACAUCUCGGGAUCUGUUUACACCAAGACGCAGCAGUCGUUUGAGAAGCAGGGUUUCCACGCAGGCACUCCUGCAGCCCCCUUCAGCCUGCCGUCAGCGCUGGGCAGCGGAGGCCCCAUCAAUGCCCAGGCAGCCGCCGGCUACGCCCCCGCCCCCUUCAUGCACAUCCUGGCCCCCCACCAACAGACCCACCCCUCCCAGAUCCUGCACCACCACAUGCAGCAGGAUGGCCAGAGUGCCUCUGGACAGCGCAGUCAGAGUGCCUCCAUUCAACAGAAGUCCCAGAUCACCAAGUCUGCUUACAACAGCUACAACUGGGGAGGCAAUUAACGGCUUCCUCCCACGUACACACUCACACUGACAUACGCACACAUUAGCACACAUGCUCUUACUUACUCACACACACACACAUGCACACACCCCUCUCGUGUGUCCUUUAACCUGAUGAAGUUCCCCUUGCCCUCUUCCCCGUGCUGCCCCACCGCAGUGUCAGCACUCGCCACAGAGCGGCGCUGUCAGGCAGGGGCCGUCUUAAAGGCCGAGGGGGUUUGUUUAUGGUUGGAAAUGGCCACUUCCAGAGCCGAGCGCUGAGUGUUAAGAUUUUUCUUUUUUUCCUUUUUCUUUUUUUUCUUUCUCUCUUCGUAUUUCAAAGACCCGCUCUUCUCUACCACUGCUCUCUUGUGUGUACCAUAGAGCUCUCUGUUGUGUGUACCAUAGAGCUCCACCCCACCUAGCCCCCUUCCCACCUGUAAAGAAUGUCUAUAAGCUCGGCUCCUGUAUGCUUGUGUCUGAUUCUUUGCUUUUCCUUCUUUUUUUUUUUUUCUUUUUUUCCUCUUCUACUUGAUUUGUUUUUUGGGGGUUUUAAGAGUGAGGGAGUUGUGACUGGAGCUGGUGGUUAUUUGACUCAAACACACACACACUCACACACUCUUUGUUACCUUUUGAGUUUUUACUGGGUUUUCUGUUUUGGUUAAAGGAUCUUUAAAUCGGCAAAGCAGUUGUGAAGUUUAUUUUUUACCAAAUAUAAAUAUAGAAGAUGUAUAAAAGUGGAAGAUAUAUAAGCAGAGUGUAUGUAUUUUGUCUGUGUGUUUGUGUGUGUGUGUGUGUGUGUGUGUGUGUGGUGUGAAGGGUGGCCUGUGUGUUGAUCUUGGACUUGUUAAUGUGGGGCACGUCAUUAGCCCUGUAAGGCACCUUUUCAUAUGUAUAAAAUCUCUUUAUUUUCCUAACUGUAACACCCUAUCCCCAUCCCUGCCCUUUGUCUGGUCUCUGUUAGCUGUAGUCUUUCCCAUUUGCUGGUAUGCGCAGAAUUAUGUGUGUGUGUGUCAUGCAACUACAUUAACCAGGGUGCCUAGUAAUGCUGUUCACUGAAGAGGUCAAAUUCAUCCCUAGGCCACCCUUAUGGUGUUUUUCUUUUACUCCUCUGUUCCUCCCUCUCUCUUGAAACCCCCCACCUCCAUCUCCAUGGCAACCUGCUCCUGAUGGGUGAUCGUUUAAGAUGAUUAUUCGAAAACCUAAAGCUGAGAGCGCAGAUGGAGGAUUUUUUUUUUUUUUUUUUUGUCACUGAAUUUCUUUUUGUACUGUGCGUUUUAAAGAAAAACAAAUAAUUAAAAUGGAUAAACUUGUCUUGUACAUAUAUAUACAUAUAUAUAUAUAUAAAACACAAGUACUGUAUUCCUUGUUUGUUAGAUGGCUUUCUUCCCAACCCUCCCUCUAAGAUUCUCAGACUUGUUAGGGUUUUUUGUUUGUUUGUUUCAUAUGUUUUUUAUUUUGUAAAAUAUCUAUAAAUAUUACGUAAAUAAACAGGAAAAAGACAUUUUCAUCAUUUUGGAUGUGAAUGUCUUUUUUAAGAAAACCUA